ACAGGAAGGAAACGAGAACUUGGGGGCUCUCCUUGCGAAAAGUUUGUUGGCUGCUGGUCGGUUUGACAGAAAAACCUCAGUCUUUUAUGUGUUCGCUUCAACACCUUAAUUGACAACUUGUCUUUUUUUUGUGUCAGUCGAAGAUAUUUUCCUUUUACCAUUUUGUUUUAUAAAAUGAUGGCGUGCGGAGGAAAUGAUAUGUCAGAUGUGAUGGAUUCCUCCACAGAUGAACGGAUCGGCGAAGCACUGAUAAAGGAGGUCAUAGAGGAAGAACUAAAGGAUGUGCGCUCAGAUGAUAUUCCUCCUCUUACUCCACUGGUCGCUGUGAGAAUAAAAAGUAGACAGGAGCAGAACAUUGUGACCCAGUUGGGCAAAAUGAUCCGAAUCAUUGGUGACAGAGUGAAAGGUGACCAGGAGUUCCAGGAUGCAAUUGAUGGUGUAGCCUGUGCGGAAGGAUCUAAGUGGGACAAGUUUAAGGCAGUGGCUGACAAAGUCUUUGAACAAGGCAUUACCUGGGAGAAUAUUGCUGUGCUGUUCUACGUUGCAGGGAAACUAGCACUCAAGAUGGUGGAGGCUCAUUUGCCCAAGUCAGUGAGGGAUAUCCUGAAUUGGACAGUGGAUUUCUUUCGGAAAAACCUGCUCAGCUGGAUUCGGGAUCAUGGUGGAUGGAUUAACAGUUUCUCAGAGCUGGCUACGUCCUCCAUGCGGACUGUGGGAUUGAACUCCCACAACUACACCCUUGUCUUCAUCUUCUGCGGUGGCUUGGCUGUAGGAAGUUGUUUCACCUGGUGGCUGACUAGACGCUGAUAAGGGCCCCCACAUAACAUGUCGCCUGUUUACCCAGUUGCCACUAUUGUUUUUUAAUGAGAUUUUUAUAUGCAAUUUUUAGAAAAAAAAAAAUUGGCACACACACAAUAUAUGAAAUACAGCAGUUUGAUACUUUUAUAUUAUUCAUUGCAAUGGUAAUUGGAAGCGAAGCUCAGCUUCCUCCAAAAUAUCAAUUAACAGGUUUCCUGAGCAAAAUAUGGGCAGCGCCAUCUUGGAAAAUGUCUCUACAGAACUUCCUGUAUAAAAAGAAGAACAUAAAUUGCGGUUGAAGUAAUUUGUAUGUUGACAAAGUUAAAACUGCAAAAUCUAGCCAGAGGAACCCACGGAAUCGCCAAAAAUGAAUUCCGCACGGCGUAGAUGAGACGUAGAUGAGAUUGAAUGAUUGUUCUUAUUACUUUGUUGAUCAUUCGAGGACAAAAUUAUAGCAACCUGUCAGCCUGUGUUGGCGUGAGGUAUAGAUUGAUACGCCGGACACGUGAGUGACCAAAAUUAGGUGAAAUUACAAAUUAUGCAGAAGGGCUGACACGGAUUUUGUUGUUACAAGGAAAUACUACAAGGUUUGACAACAUAAACAAAAAUAUGUAAUUCUUUUUUAUUGCAGAUAUUGAUCACAAUAAAACAUUUGGACAACAUGAUUCCAUUUCUUGUUUUACAUUCUUGUUUACAAUCAUCAUCGUAAUAACUAUAUCAAAGGCAAAAAGUUGUUUUGUGCGAUUUUAGCUUUAGUAUUUUUUGAACACCGGACACAUGAAAAUGCAGGGAUAGGAAAAACAUACCUUCCAUAACACCGCGGCAACAUAGCUACAAAAAACCCCAGUCUUUGUGGUGGCACGAGCUUGGUUCCACAUCUUCCUUCAUGAACAUGUUUUCCUCCUCUGUCGUAAUGAUGGCAGAUUGAUUCGGUAUUUUCAAAUUGUCUUUUUUAAGGGAUUUUGAUGAGUAAUGUUACUCCAGCACCACUGUUGUUUUGGAUAAAUCUUAAAACGGAAGUUGCUAGCAGACAGUAAAGCGGAAGUACCUCAGAAACUUCAAUAAUCGUCUAUAAUACGUGAUCAAAUGAAUACUGUUGUGUGUACAUGUCAUUCACUAAAUAUGCGCUACACUGCAAAAACACACCUCCUUAAAACUAGUUAAAUUCCCAUGUUUUCAGUGUAAAUCUACUAGAAAUAAGUGAAAUUAUAUGCCAGUGCUCCAAAUACAUUUUACUCGGAUUACUUGAAGAAAA